AUGCAAACUUUGGACGUCUAUAAGAAGGAGGAAGGAAAAAUUUGGCAAAGAAAACCAACUCCGUCUCCAGAGGAAGGGUAAGAUGGUAUUUAUCUGGUGUUUGAAUCACUAAAGCACGGCUGCUCAAAAAUAAGUUAACUUAAGCUUUUAAAUGUUUUCGUGUCAUUUGUUCAUUUCUAGUUUAAUUGUCUCCGUAAGCCAUUCCACUACCAGUGCCUUUUCGUUACAAGGAAGGAAUAUCAGAUUCCUUCGAACAGCGUUCAAUACAACUGGUGAGGCGUUCGCCGCUGGUGAUCAUCAAGGAAACAUUUUCGUCUUCGACUUAGGGAAAAAUAGGUAAGUGAAUCGAAAUUAAAAAUCAAGUUCUAAUGAACAGCGGAAUGAACGAUCGCUAAGCUUGUAAGCCUGCCCAAUGUGUUUAAAUACAAUUGUUAUCAGGUGGAAAUUACGUUAAGGGUCUGCUUACAAUUAUGUGUUGAUUAUAAAGAUGCUACUUCAGUAUAUCUACCAAAAUUUUCUGAGUGAAACGCGUAAGAUUUUCGUCUUGUCAUGACUGGGUUUUCCGAAAACGUCCCAGCGACUUUCGGGGAUUUCUGACGACUUUCCGAAGACUUCCGAAGAUAUUUCGACGACCUAUGAACACCUCUGAAGCUCAACAUAUACACCAAAAAACAUCAAAGGUACUUGGUUGCCUGAGGUUAUAUCUGGGUUGGUCUGUCUCUGGAGGACUAGAUGGUGGAGCUUGUGAGAUUGAAUGCACAUGUUGCUAAAUAGCUUAGAGCAAGCUGCUUCUCUCCCACUGCCCAGGCUGGAGAGGUUGAAGUGACUGAGGUUGUUCUCAUAGUUGCACUCUCAUAAGGGCCCUCUUCUGAACCCUCUCAAUGUCCUCCUGGAGAUAUUUAGGUAAUACAUGAUGAAAAACUGGCAAACAGUAUUCAAGAAUGGACCUAACACACGUACGGUGAAAAGUCACAAUAUCCUUAGGUGGAAUAUCGGCUCUACGGAGUAAGAAAAAAAAAAACACUUUUUUGCUUGCGUUCUUAAUGACCUCCUCAAUAUGAGCAUUUGUCAGCACUUUGGGCAUGGCUCACCUCACCACAAUGCGUAAUUUCCACACUGGUGGUAUCGUUGACGUAUUUCCACAUUGACAUGUCUGGGAUGUUGAGAUCGUUGAUCAUCAGAAGGAAGAGCCAUGGUCCAAGUUUGGUCCCUUGGGAAAUACCAGCAGGUACUUGGCCCCUCUCAGAAAGGCAGACUGACUCCAGCUUCACACGCUGUUUCCAGCUGGAUAGAAUGUCUAAAACCCAACACAAGACUCCACGAGGAAUGUCUAGUUUGAGGAUUAUAUGGUGAUCAAUUAGAUCAAAGACUCUUCUGUAGUCGAACACCACAACACUCACCACAGCACCAGUACCAUCAGUCAUCAUAGUCCAGUGAUGGAUCGUAGAAAAUAAGGCCAAAGUAGUCAAAGACUUAGGAAUUCCUUGAUCCUGAUCGUGGUAUACCCACUUAAUAACACUAUUGUCUUUUCAGCAUCUGUGGGAGUGCACUCGUUUUACUCACUUAGCUUUAAACGUGCGGCAUAAGUCCUCUGCGACUGCAGGAGUAGUUUUUCAAGUAACGGAUUUGGUGGGCUGGGUAUUCUGCAAUCACUCCAAAAUUGAAUGAUAAAAAUUUAUUAUAAAAAAUUUGCUCCUCUGAUGUAUUGAGUAACUGAGAAAAAAAAAUCCAAAAUAUCCAACACCAAAUUUCCGAGCCUUAACAAGGUUAGUUGUACUUUAUUCGCAGAACUACACAACUGGGAUACGCGGGCACUACCACAUGCACAAAUCUUCAGAUUGUUUUGAAUACCCAAAAAAUCCCUACUUAAAUUAAGCCACCUAAAAAAAUACUCGUCACAUUUCCUACCCCAAAAAAUCCAGUAAUAGAAAAUUUCAAACUCCCAAAAAUCCUUCUAUCAUCCCCGUUACUUGAAAUACAGAGUACAUGUAGCUUUCCUGGGUAUAUACUCAGACACCUCUACAUAAUUAUGUAUCAAGUGGACUCUAUCAAACUUCCUGUAGGUGUCUACUUAACCCUUUAUUUAAGCCCUGAUAUCCACUUACAAAUUCUGCAAAAUGAUCUCCAUACAUUUCUAUAAAGAAUCAGUAAAGAUAAUUUGAUAAAAGAUCAAAGGAUUUUCCUUGAUUGAUCAUUGUAUUAAUUCUCAUAACCAUUUCUCUUGAUUGUGUAUUCAAGUGAUAUUGUAAGGAGAAAAUCAACAUUGGCAACUCUUGGGACUUACAGGGUUAAUACUGGUUUUGCUGUUAUAUUUUUAAAAAAAUUGAACCACAGGAAUGAAGCAAAUCUGUACACUGUACAAACUUACUUUAUUCACUUUCCUCCGUCAGGUUUUCAUUGAUUUACAAAACAGGAACACCAUGUACUGCCAUUUCCUUUUGUCUCCGAAGAAAAAAUGAAGUACUGGUGGCCCUUGCUGAUAACUCAUUAAGGUGCUAUGAUAUAGGUAGGUAUUGGACAGCUUACAGCACUCAUGCCAGGAAAAAGUGAAGAUCAGCUUUCUCACACACUUGUCAGUGAGCUGUUGACCAACAAAGAGCUGUCAUUCAAGGACAGUGGGCCAGUUUCAGCUGACUGUAAACCAACAGUUGGCUGUCAGUUGUGGUAGUCUUACAUGUAUAUCUAAAAGUGAUUGUGGACUAUUGGCCAUGUUGUCAAUUUCAAUGUACAGUGUACCUGUUUGUGACAUGCCCAUACUUUGUUAGUUUGAGGUUGUCACCCUGUCCCCCACCCCACCCUCCCAAAAAAAUUCUUUCCAAACUUUUUAUUGAGCUUACUGCAGGCUUGUAGCCAGUAGCACUCUAUGCUAUUGUUUGCAUAAAAAUGAAUAAAUGUAAGGUCAUUUCUAUUGUUCCUGUAUGUACAGUAACACGUAACCUUCGGAGCUGAAGGGGCUGGGUUCGAUACCUGCUAUCUCCCAUUUUUUUUCACUCAGUUUUCUAAAGCAUUGUUAUGACAAGGAGGAAUUUGAUACUGUUUGUUCUUAAGGCUGUUUAAAAAGGUUAUGUUCUGUUAUUUUAAAGACGUACAAAUGUAUGGUGUUUGCAUUUGUAAGGAAUGGUCUUUGAAAUAUCAUAUUACAGGAAAUGUGCUCUGUUUUUGACUUGUGAUAAUUCUCGAAUUGGUUUUUUUAUUAAGGUGUUUGUUGAUACAGUUUUUCGAAGACCAUACCGAUAUAUGAAGAUUUUUUUAUUGUUGGUAGAAUUAAACAUUGGAAAUCACAAUGUGGGAAAAUGCAAAUUUUACUAUGUAAACAUUCAAUUAAUAAUGUCACAAAUUUGCAUAAUUUCGAAGCAACUGGCAUUAGUAUAAAUUAUUACAAUAGUCCCAGAACCGUAUCUGUAAAAGUGUUAACUUUGCCUGUGGUCACCGAGCAAACCUUAACUGCUAUAAGGGACUUGAAGCAUGUAACAAACAGUGACAAAAAGUGCAUGUGGCAGUGCCAAUUAGAAGUUGCUACACAACGUGACUGCCUUCAAGAAUGAUUUUGUUUUGCGUGCACAUGAUCUUUUUAAUGAUUUUUGUACAGACUAUUCAUUUUAGAGAGAUAGAUGCUUUAUUGUCUUAAUACCUUGCAGCCAUAGGCUGAAUUACGAAAGACAUUACAAUAAAAGGACAUUACAAUAAAGACAUUACAAUAAAAUAAAAAAAAAAAAAAAGAAAAAGUAUAUAAUAUUGCCAGUAAGUCUCAGAGGACUAUUUUCUAAUAUACACUGUAAUAGGAACUGUUAAGGCAAUGAGUGUAUUGAACUAGUUGUGACACCUGCACAAUCCUAGGGAGGCUAGACCUGAGAGGCCCAUGGUUGUUCCGACAUUGAGAUUACAUACAGCUGUACCCCUUCUCUGUGGGCGAGAUCAGGACUGGCUUGAAGUUAAAUGUAGAUUUGCUACUGCUAAAGUGUACAUAAUGUACUCCUGAAAAAUUAAUUAUCUGACUUCCCACACUUCAUAUACAGUCAAACCAUUAAUUUAAUACAGACACUGAGGCGGCCAUAGAAAUUAAGUGUCCGUAUUAACAGGGUGUCUGCAUUAAGCAGGUUGAAUUUAGAGAAAAUGUAAAGGCUCUCUUUCCUCCGGCCAGGGACAAAGCAAACUGUCUGUAAUAAUGAGGUGUCUGUAUUAAGUCAGUGUCUGUAAAGCGGCGUUUGACGACUGUACUUCCAGUAAGAGCUGUUUUACUUGAAUUAAUUAAUUAUUUAUUAUUUAUUAUUAUUAAUUAUUAAUUGUUAUUAUUUAUUAUUUUUUUGUUAUUCAUCCCAUUUUAGAGUCUCAUGAAUUAGUAAGCUGGAUGCGAGGUGACGACUCAUCAAUCCACAGUAUAUCAGUCCAUGCUUCAGGUCGUUAUGCACUUACAUCAUCUAACUCUGUAGCUCAACUGUGGGACCUUGAUACAUUUUCUCGCAAGAGGACAUUAAAUGGAGCUCAGACUGUUGGAAUUCAACAGGUCAGGGUUUACUUGUACAUGUACCAUUAAUCUGUUUUGUUUUUUACCCUGUUGCUAAGCAAGGGGUGGUUGUCUAGAGAAGAGAUGCAGAGAAAGAGCAAUGCUACACAAUACCUGUAGCUGGUUUUACAGUUUGUAGGAUAGAUUCACAGGCAGACUGAUUCACUACUUUUACUGUCGCUCGACAACAAUACCUGCAGGCUUCUUGAUGAUGAGGGAAAGUUACACUGUAACAUUCUCUAUAAUUCCUUUUUUUUCUCAGGUCCUUUUCUUACCACUGAGUAAUACCAUUGUCACCUGUUUCAAAGAUGACAGUUUGUUUGUGUGGGAUUCAGAAACACUCAAGUGUAAAUUUCAGUUGCCAGUUCCACCAGAGGAGAGCAAGCAGCAUCAUUACAGGGCCUUAGCAACCCCUAGGGAUGGAAGGUUGCUAGUUGCUGGGGGAAGGUGAAUCCUCUAUGAGAUAAUUUUUGCUAAUUAUUACAUUUUAAUAGCUUAUACGUGCACAGUGUAGCUACAUGUAUUUAAAAUUUGUACAGUAGAUCUACGCCUUCCAAUACCUUUUGAUCAUCCGUAGUUUCAGAACUGAAGAUACAUGUAACAUGUUCAAAUUAGUUUACAAGUUUUCACCUAUUGCUAAAUUUGUUUUCAUCUUUGAAUCAAAGUACAGAAUAAUAUAAUGAUAAUUAACCAGUUAUCUCCUGUUAUCAUGUUUUGGUUGAGUUGUACCUGACCAUAAUUGUACAUGUUUUUUGGAAAAAAAAUCUCUUCAGAUUUUCACAUAGGAGUGAUGUAUGAAUUUAUUCAUGACUUGCAUGUUUUAUGCACGUUAGAUUUUGAAUGCAAAAAUUUUGUACAUUUGUGUAUCACUAAUGUUCUUUUAAUUUGCAUGUGGUUAUAAUCCUUUUUGACUGCAAUUUCCAAAUCACUUGAUAGAAAACUACAGUAGUGAUAAAUUUUCUUUGUACAUGUAACUAUCCAGAUCUCGAUUUCUCCAUGUGUGGAGUCUAGAGAACAAGAGUCUUCUUCAUGUCAUUCAGCUUCCUGCAAAAGUGCGACUUGGAAGGCAACUAGAGUUCAUAAACAACAGCUUUGAUGGAGGCACAAGUCAGGUAAUAGAUUGUAUGUGCCACAAAUAUUAAUACAUGGUCUAUACACAUUGAAGACAGUGUGUCUAAAAUACAGGUCACUUUUCCACAGGUCAGAGUUGGGGUCAGCAUGCUACAGAUAAGUGAGCGGCAUUAAAAGUGUCUCCUAGCCCUAAUCUCUUUAACAAAAAUGCUCUAUUAGAUUGAGGGGAAUCUGUGUGGUUUGGUAAUUUAUCAAUGGAGCAGUGACCUGUACUCUUGACCUAUGUGACCUGUACUUUAGACAGACAGCAUUGAAGUCCUGCUGCAUAUUUUCUUUGCCGGACUUGGGUUCUAAUUGUCACCACAUGUUUCUCUUCCCCUGCAUGUUAAUGAGACUCUCAUUCCAUAAAAAGGUUUACCCUGGGUUAAUGAAAAUAAUGUUCUUGUUGUUGUUGGUGAUGUUUUUGUUCACUCCAAAUACUUACAAGUCUACAACACCUGUCACGUUACGUUUGUUAAUAUUAGAAAGGUUAAGGAUCCUGACUGUCUUAUAUGUAACUGGGCAAAAAUCAAACAGCAGAAGGCAGAGGUGAUCAUGAUUGCUAAUAAACAUGUAUCUGACUCAAGUGAUAAAAACUUCAAUUCUUGUACCUGGAAGGUCUAACAAACAUAAUAUUCUAACUGGUGAAAAAAAAAAAAAAAUGGAUUCAAGUUGUCAUCUUUGCCUUCUGCUGUCAGUACUCUAGAGUGUAAUGCUUCUCUCUCUCUCGAUUGUAAUUGAGUUCUUUUAUCAGACCCUAGGUGUGUUGUCUCAAGAUGGCCUCCUGCGUUUUAUUGACAUUCAUGCUUGCAAGCAACUGUUUGAAAUAGGUGGUGCUGAUGAGGUACUGUAUCCUAAUGACAAAGUUUUAAUUUGCUCUCCUUUUUAUCUUUUUUUAUCAUAUUAUUCUUUUUUUUUUUUGACUUGGCUUGCUUUUCCUUUACAGUCCUAAUGCUGGCCCUUUACGUUUUCAGACCUAUUUUUAUGAGCGUGAACUUUUGUCUUUUAUUCAUUUUACCCAUCACAAACUGUGUCAUGUUUCCUAUUUAAUAGCACUUUUCCCUAGCAAGCUAAGGCGAUUUUACACAUACAUGCAAACCCUAAUGCACGUUGAUUACCCCCCCCAACCCCCUUCCCAAAACGUCUUUGAUUUCAUUUUCUAUUGGGGUGACAGUAGAACCCAGAAGAAACUGGAAACAAUUUGGGUAAACAAGGUGCAUAUAGCCCCGGGGCACCCAACGAGUAUAGGCAUAUUUUUAUCCCCUAAAAAUUUUUCAUCUGUUCGGAUUUCCUAGCUGAAAGUGUAGUGAUCCGAAAAUUAUAGGGAUCAAAACUUACCUCUUCGCAAAUUUCAGCCAGAAAAAAGGCUCCCGAAAAUUCUAGGUGAGCUUUUUAUGGUAAAAAUCCGUUAAAAAUGGGCAAUUAUAGCAAUUUUUAGAUGUUCGAAAAUCCUAGGAGAUACCCUGGGUACCGGAGGUUUUUUCUCGCGUGCGACGAGGAGCUUUCGCCGACCUAGGAGAGGUAGGCAAGCAAUAAAUUUUACAAAAAAUGUUCCGAAAAUUCUAGAUCUCAAAUCGUCUUCCGAACAGAUAUUUUCCGAAAAUUGACGUUGGGUGCCCCUGAUAUAGUCUACAUGUAUGUGAAAAUGGUGAAUACAAAAUAAUUAAUGAAACUAAUGUUAAAAUCAGUGUAACCAGCCCAAAUGUACAUAGCUGUUGUUUUAACAUGUCCAUGUCUAUACAAUUUCAUGCAGAUGAUUAGUAACUUCAGCAUCAGUCCCAACGGACGGUAUGUUGCUGCUGUAAUGGACAAUGGAAACAUUAAUGUCUACAGUGUUCCUGCUUUAUCUCAACACUUUACCAAGGUAAUUUGUACAGUGCCGUGUG